AUGCUGAAGGUUUCGGAAAAACAUUUUGACAUAAAGUUUCUGAGGAACUACAAUCUUAUGGAAGAGGGCAUGAUUCAUAGUCUUAUCAAUAAACGAAAAUCGUUUGACCAGAUAUCCAGCAUUGGAGAGAUUACCAAAGAAGAGUGUCUAAAAAUGAUAAAACUGGAAUCGAACAUCUUGGAAGUAUUAGGCUUAGAAAUUCGCAAAAAUUAUGUUCCCCAAGAAUCGUAUAUUUCCGAAACCAACAAAACUAUGAUUUUGAUGUCCAAUCGAAUUGAUCACUUGUACUACAGCAUGUUUGAAACAUUUCCUAUCGGAUGUGUGUUAUUAAUCGAGUACAUGGAAUUUAAAUGGAGAAACGAAACGUAUAUAACCAAAGAAAUCAAUCCAAUAAUUGCACUAAUGUCGAAAAAAAAAUAUGAUCCUCAAUUGUUUAUAGCUGCAGGGACGUUUGAAUAUGAAAAACAUAAUAUUGUGAAUGCUAGACGAUACUUCGAAGAAGGAAUUAAAAUACAUACAGAUAACAAAACUCUUUAUAUCGAACAAUUAUGGAUUGAAGUGAUGUACUUGGAUGAUGUAAAAGGUGGUAAAUUGAAUGAAGAUAUAGCAAUUCGAAUAUAUAGAAAUAGUAUAGAAAAAUUUGCUCAGGAUAUGGAAUUUCAUUUCCUAUUGUUGGAGAGAUCUAUAGAAUUAAAAUCCAUAUGGAGAUUACAACACCAAAUUAUCUGGGACUUGAUGAAAAUAUACAAUCAAAGUGAUGUUAUGUGGAGUAAAGUUGCUGAAUUGGGCUCAAAAGGAUUCAUUUUUGACCACGAAAUUAACUUCUUCGGAUAUACCGAAAACUUCCUACUUAGAGCGAGGUGUUGUAUUCUAACAUACGAACAAGGAUUGAGAAAUAUCUUAAGCGUAAUAGGUAAACGCAAUUUGAUGGAGUUGCUUAGCGAUUAUAUAAUACAAAUUUGGAAAAUUAACAAAAGUAUAAACAGUAUAAAAGUCGAUAUUCUCGUGAAAGAGGAGAUGAAAAAGACAUUUCAGAUUGGCCACUUUGACCUUGGAGGUCUACACAAACCAGAGUAUUACGUUUAUUGGGCCAUAAUCUCCGAAGAUUGUCGCCCCGAUAUUUUGAAAUUGGCCAUCGAUCGCAACAGAGACAAUAUUCACGUGUGGKCUGAAAUUUUGGAAUAUCAUAUUACACAAAAUAGUAGUGUUGAACAAAUAAAAACGAUUUUUGAUGCCGGUAAUUGGUCAUUGGGAAAUAAGUCAUCGCUGCUGUGGACAAUUAUGGAUUCGUUUUACCAACAGUGCACUGACAUCACACUACUUGGGAAGUUUUAUGAAGCAGGCGCUUACUGCCCCUACAGAGAGAUCAGCACGGUAUACAAAGUCAAAUAUUUUGCAUGGUGCUGCAAGAACAAAGAUAUAUUCUAUUCUCGAUAUCUSUUCAGUCAUUUGAUAAACCUAGAACCAGAGUGCAAAGAUUUGUUCAUGGAAAUGAUUCAAUGUGAGAAAAAACAACACCGGAUCAACGUUGACAUCAUAAAAAACCUGUACCGCCUCGUGUGUUCUAAAUUUUGCCAACAAGAAAAUGACGUUCAUCUGUGGUCCCAAUGCAUUGAAUUUGAGUUGACAUACUAUGGGAGUUUCAGCGCCGAAAAAAUCUUUAAAGCGGCGUUAAGGAAUGUCAAGCCACAAUUGAAACUUGAUUUGAGACGUAGUUACCAAUCAAUGAUUGAAGCUCAAAGCAUACGAACCGUCAAUAAUCAACCAGUUAUUAUUGACCUUACAAACGAUGACUAG